GGAUAGCAGCACUGCAUAGCGGCAGUCUUUGGUUCGCUGGUACUCUGUUAACCGCCUUUUGCCGGAUUGUGUUUACUCGUCUGGCCUGUUCGUGUGUCCGUUGAUCAUCGUCGUCUCUCUCCGGAUAUCUACCACUGCCGCCCCCGCUGCCUAUCUAAGUAAUCUUAUUUGAAACACAUUCAUUUUUCAAAAAUGUCUGAUGACGGAGCAGUUAUUGCUGAAAAAAGAAGCAGAGGCAGGCCUUCAAAACCUACUGAAACAAAUGACAAAGAGAUCAAAGACACCAAAAAGCGUGGCCGACCAGCGGGUAAAAAUCCUGUUGUAAAAGCUGACAAAAAGACUGAUGUUGAUGGUGAACCAACAGCAAAAAGGGGACGAGGCCGACCUAAGAAGAGUCCAGGAAAAGCUAAGCCUAAGGUUAAAUCCACUGGAAAAGGUCGAGGCAGACCAUCUAAAAAAACAGAAAAAGAAGAAUCUUCUGAAGAAAAUGGAGAAUCUGAAGAAACUGAAGACUAAAUAGUUAUAUCUCUUUCAAUCUCUCAUAAAUAAUUUAUACUUUCUUAUUAAGUAACAAUAAUUAAAUUAAAUUUAUUUGAAUACAAACUUCUAUUAUGUGUAGAUGAAGGCUAUAUUUUAAUUUUAAUAUCCAUCAUACAUGAAACCCUAACAAGAAUUUUUACCAAGAUGUACCAUGACUUUAUUAGAAGUAUAAUAUACAAUAUUUUUAUUUUACUUAUACUUAAUAUCCACCAUUUUGUGUAAAGACAUUUUACCAUUAUCGAGAAUUGUAAACACUGGAUGUAUUUUCAUUUACCAUAAUAUAUGAGUUUUAUCAUACUGUAAAAAUAUUUGACUAUAUAAAUCAUUUCUCAUUUUUUGUAAUCCAUUUUGUAUUUCACUUAAGAUCGAAGUAAAUAAAUUAUGUGUAUAUUAUUUUUUCUCUUUUGUGUUAAAAAAUGUAUAAAGACUUAAAAAAAUUCACCUAAGAACAUGAUAUAUUGAAUUCAUUGAUUAUACAAUAUGAUGUAAAAGGCUUGAAUGGUUUGAUUUAUUCUUACAACAAAAAAAUCAACAUUAAUACGCCUAUGGCCUUUAUAGAUGCAGUGUCUUAAUUCAUCUGUUAUUAAAGAAAAUGAAAAUAGUCGAAUUUCCUAAUGCACAUUUACAUUUAAGUAUUUUAAUCACAGUUUGAUAUCAAUUUAUAAUGAAUUACAUUAUGUCGACUACCAUUUGUA